AAUUAAAAAAACAGGAAAAUUAGGUUUCUCAUUUUCAUUUGUCAAAUCCUUCCUCCCUCCCUCCCUCUCUCUCGUAAUUUUUUUACAAGAUCUGACUAGGGUUCUCUGUCUGAGUUCCUUCGAAUCAGUCGUUACGCUACCACAAGAUCUGAAAAAUGGUGAGGGGACAGCUCAACAAGCUUGUCUCUGGGUCUCUCUCAGUCGCCGGGAGGUGGCAGCAACAACAGCUCCGGCGUCUUAACAUCCACGAAUAUCAGGGGGCCGAGUUGAUGGGCAAAUAUGGAAUUAAUGUCCCCAAGGGUGCUGCCGUCUCUUCUGUUGAAGAAGCUAGGAAGGCUAUUCAGAAUGUCUUCCCCAAGGAGAAUGAGUUGGUGGUUAAAAGCCAAAUUCUUGCUGGUGGUCGUGGUCUGGGAACCUUCAAGAGCGGUCUCAAGGGUGGAGUGCAUAUUGUCAAAACUAACGAAGUUGAAGAUAUUGCUGGGAAGAUGCUUGGACAGGUACUGGUCACCAAACAAACUGGGCCCCAAGGGAAAAUCGUUAGCAAGGUUUACUUGUGUGAAAAGUUAUCCCUUGUCAAUGAGAUGUACUUUGCAAUCACUCUUGACCGUAAAACUGCUGGUCCGAUCAUUAUUGCCUGUAGUAAAGGUGGGACCAGCAUUGAAGACCUUGCAGAGAAAUUCCCUGACAUGAUCAUUAAGGUUCCUAUCGACGUUUUUGAGGGUAUCACAGAUGAAGAUGCUGCUAAAGUUGUAGAUGGUUUGGCUCUCAAGGGAGCAGAUAGAAAUUCUGCCAUAGAACAAGUGAAAAAGCUAUACAAACUUUUCUGCGAUUCUGACUGCACACUUUUGGAGAUCAAUCCCAUUGCCGAGACAUCUGAUAACCAGUUGGUAGCUGCUGAUGCAAAGUUGAACUUUGAUGAUAAUGCUGCUUUCCGCCAUAAAGAGAUAUUUGCUCUUCGUGAUUCAUCCCAGGAGGACCCUCGGGAGGUUACUGCUGCCAAAGCAGAUUUGAACUAUAUUGGUUUAGAUGGAGAAAUCGGUUGCAUGGUUAAUGGUGCAGGAUUGGCAAUGGCUACAAUGGAUAUUAUUAAGUUGCAUGGUGGAACUCCUGCCAAUUUCCUAGAUGUUGGUGGGAAUGCCUCAGAAGGCCAGGUUGUGGAGGCAUUUAAAAUAUUGACAUCUGAUGAGAAGGUGAAAGCUAUCUUGGUCAACAUUUUUGGAGGGAUCAUGAAAUGUGAUGUAAUUGCAAGUGGGAUCGUCAAUGCUGCCAAACAGGUUGAUUUGAAAGUACCUGUGGUCGUUCGUCUUGAAGGCACCAAUGUGGAUCAAGGGAAGAGAAUUUUGAAGGAGAGUGGAAUGACAUUGAUAACUGCAGAAGAUCUAGAUGAUGCAGCUGAGAAAGCAGUUAAAGCAACUGCAAACUAGGGGAAUCACUUGCUCCUCCCAUUCCAUUGUGUCCAUUCAGAUUUUUGUAUCGUAAGUGAAACCUGUUCACCAAUUGAUUUUUCAUUGUAACACAUUUUGUAGGUUUGGAAAAAUCAAAAUUCACAGUAAGAAGUGAAUUUAGAAGUCUUUUUACUGAAAACCCCGAGAGAUCACCCAAUAAAGCUGGCUGUUUUACAA